AUGAUUACAAAUUCAGGAAAUGCAGACGAAUGCAGUGAAUCUGGAAAUGCUGAACAUCCAAAAAGAAACACGCCAGCUAGAAAAAGAAAGUUAAGGCAACUGGACAACAUUGUGACCAAAGCGAGACUGGUUGCUGAUGUUAUUGGAAACUCUGGCACUAGCUCAAAUCACUCAGAAACUAGUUUGAUGUUUUUGGCAAAAGUAUAG